AUGGUAGCACCCUACAGGAUACGACCGGCAGCCAAAGGGGGCAUUCACAAAGUCAACGAUGACCCGAAAAAGUUAGACGAUGCGUACAUACGCAUGCUGGGCCCUGGAGGAGACAAGAUGCUGGGGGACGACGUCAAAUGGUUAGCCGUUACACACAAGAGCUUCGACCACGGAAAGAGAGGAUUCAAUGACCGACUGGCAUACUUGGGACGGAGGAUUGUCGAACUACAAACAUCACAAGCACUCAUAAACUCGCCACAAGAACACCAAUGGCCGAGGGAUUCCAACGGUGUACCAGUCAACGACGAGUACGGCCGUAAACCAUACCUACACCCUGCCUUGAACGGGCUGCAGGGCUUGACCGGCGAAGCAGAGAGUCUGGUGCUGAGCAAGUCACGGCUAGCACCGAUAGCAGAGCGAUACCGCUUGGAUAAGGUCACUCGGUGGACACCCAAGAGGGCGGACAACCUUCAAGGUUCUGGUUUCGAGACUGUCCUCAUGACUUCCCUAUAUGCCAUUGUGGGAGCCGUAGCUCUGGAGCGUGGCGGCGAAGUAGCCAACAAGGUCGUGCAAGAAAAGAUACUUGCACCACUUGGCUUCAGCUUUUCUCCCGAUUCAUGA